AUGGCGUCUGCUUCCAGCGAUUUGACGGGGUAUCUGAAUGCUGCAGAUGCUGCUGCUUUGGAUGUAGAACUCAUGACGGAACCAGGGUUCUCGUUGGAGCAACUGAUGGAGCUUGCGGGACUCUCCUGUGCCGAAGCCAUCUAUCAGGUAGUGGAAGAACGCCGACAACAAUCAGAGACUCCUCGAAUACUCUUGGUGUGUGGACCAGGAAACAAUGGCGGUGAUGGAUUGGUUGCAGCACGGCAUUUGGUCAUGUUUGGCUACCAGUGUGAUGUGGUCUAUCCCAAACAAUCCAAAAAGCAACAUUUCAUCAACUUGGUACAGCAAUGCAAGGAUGUGGGCAUUACCGUCUCCGCGGAAAUGCCAGAAUCAACUGGCAAAGGCAACUCUCCUUAUGAUGCCAUUGUGGAUGCUAUAUUUGGGUUUUCGUUCCAAGCAGGGACGAUAAGAGAACCGUUUGCCACCAUCUUGACCCAAAUAAAGGAGGAAGCAGACGCCAAUAAGAACCUUUCAACUAUCAGUGUGGACGUCCCCUCGGGUUGGAACGUCGACGAGGGAGACGUGGCAAAGACUGGAUUCAUGCCAGAUGUUCUGAUCAGCCUGACAACUCCUAAACAUUGUUCCAGGAGUUUUCCUGGACGCCAUUUUGUUGGUGGUCGGUUCCUUCCUCCCAAACUGGCUGAAAAGUAUGGCGUCCAGAUGCCUCCUUACCCGGGUGUGAGUCAAGUCAUGGAAAUUAAAAGUGCCUCCGUUGAUGCCAAGAUGUAG